UGUAAGGCGUAGAAGUGAGAAAACAAAUUGAGUCGGUAAUGUGUAUUAGGGCGCUAGGACCGGGCGCCAGGAAGGUGCGACUUUGGGGCUGCCGGGCCGCGCUCUUGCUUAGAGGCGACGCUGCGAUGGCCGAGGUCUCAGGGCGAGACGAACCUGUGCAGGGAUAGGGGACUUGACUGCCUUCGGCCUCUUCUCUCCUCCCCCCUGCGCUCUCCUUUGCUCGCCUUCCCUCCUACAGCUUGAGGGUAGUACCCUGAUCCUGGGACGCCCAGCCUCUCCAACUCCACAGCACCUUACCCGCCCAGCCGUCCACUCUUGCGCACCCCUGCGCGCCUCUGUCUGGUGGUUUAGGCCGUGGGGGGCCGGGCCGUUGAUUGGCUGCUGGGACCGCGGGGAGGGGCUGGUGAACAACGCUCGCCCUCCGGGCCUCAGUGUCUUUCCCGCCAUGUCGUUCGUGGAGAGCGGGAGGCGCCCGGCCCCUCUGCGCCGUCGUCCGGGUACCCCUGUCCCGUUCGCUCGGCCGGCAUUUUCCGCUUCCACUCAGGGAGACAGCUGGGGUGAGGGUGAAGUCGAUGAGGAGGAGGGAUGCGACCGAGUAGCCCGUGACCUGCGAGCGGAAUUCUCGGCCAGGGCGUCGCCCGAACCUAGAAAGGACUCGCUCCUCCGGCCAGAUGGGGACGGGUCUUCCCUCCUGGCGGAUAAGCGGAAUGGCAUCUUGGCGGAUGCGGGCGGUCGAACCCGAGCUCGGCGCUGGCCGGUCCAGGUCCUCUCAAUUCUCUGUUCGCUGCUGUUCGCCAUCCUCCUCGCCUUCCUCCUCGCCAUCACCUACCUGAUCGUAAAAGAGUUACAUGCUGAAAAUUUGAAGAAUGAAGAUGAUGUUCACACUGGGCUGUUAGGAUUCUGGACUCUACUUAUAAUAUCCCUAACAGCUGGAUUCUCCUGCUGCAGCUUUUCUUGGACAGUGACUUAUUUUGAUUCUUUUGAACCAGGAAUGUUUCCUCCUACUCCCCUUUCACCUGCCAGGUUCAAGAAACUGACCGGACAUUCUUUCCACAUGGGCUAUAGCAUGGCAAUUUUGAAUGGCAUUGUAGCUGCUCUUACUGUAGCAUGGUGCCUCAUGUAAACCCACAGUUAACAAAACUUAGUCAUGAACAUCAUUGCCUGCUUGGAAGACCAAGAAACCUGCUGUUCAUUAUGUGGUUCAAAUAUCAUCAUCAUCAUGGAGGACUUUUUGAGCAUGGUUGUAGAGCCUAGGCAUUGGGAAUAUCUAAGUAUUAAGUUUCAAGUAAUUCUUAAAAGUGUGAGAUGUUUACCUCAUCUUUUUACUUUUGUGUCUCUUGUCCUUAUAGAAAACAUUUUAAUGGAAAUCAAACUUGAAAACUUGAAUACAGGACAUCUUGUAUCAAUGCCUGCCUUUCCAUGUAUAUGUAUAUACUACCUUUUUGCUGAGAUACUGAUAGUACGGUUAAUUAAGAUAGAAAUAUUUCUUAUUUAUUCAUUAUAUUAGAACAGCAAACAAUGCCUACUACUUUUAUAGAUGCUACUUUUAAAUCAGAAUAGUUUUUGAUAUAUAAUCAAUACAAGGUGCAUUUAUAUUUUUUAAUGGGGCAUAGUUCCUUAUGUGUUUUUUUACAUAUUUUCCUACUAUAUAUUGAAUUUGUAUGUUUUUAGACAAAUGUAAAUAUUAUUUUUUAGCUGGUAUAAACCUAACAGCUACCAUUUUUAAUAGGUAUUUUUGUCUAAGAAAAGUAAAUUGGGGACUUACCUGGUGGCCCAGUCAGUUAAGGACAGGGAACUUCCUCAUGCCAUGGGCAUGGCCAAAAAGAAAAAAAAAAUACAUUGGCUUGAGUUUAAAACUAAGUAGGAGUUCCUACUGUGGCCCAGCAGGUUAAG